AUGGAUGUAACCAUUCUGAGGACGCUGGUGUCAUCUGUUCAGUUCAACUAUCUGUCCAACCUGAACUGUCUCAUCAAUAGUGACCAAAGCAAUGGUCUUCUGCCUCCUUUCCAUGUCAUUCUGCUUCACUCCACCAGAUUAGCCGGGUCUGGAUCGACUCGAUGCUCUGGCAGAGUAGAAGUUUAUCACAAUAACAGCUGGGGAACAGUCUGCGGUGAUGGCUGGGACUUAAAUGAUACUGCGGUGGUUUGCAGAGAGUUAAACUGUGGACCGCCACUAGAAGCUACUCAGUUUGCUUACUUUGGUGCAGGAACUGGACACACUUGGCUUGAUAAUGUGACCUGUUCAGGAAAUGAAAGCUCUCUAACUGAGUGUCAACACAGUGGAUGGGGAACAAACAACUGUGGACACGAUCAGGAUGCUGGUGUCAUCUGUUCAGGUUUGCCCAUCAGAUUAGCUGGCUCUGGAUUGACAACGUGCUCUGGCAGAGUUGAAGUUUAUUACAAUAACAGCUGGGGAACAGUCUGUGGUGAUGGCUGGGACUUAAAUAAUGCCCAGGUGGUUUGCAGACAGUUAAACUGUUGGACGGCACUAGAAGCUCCUCAGAACGCUUACUUUGGUGAAGGAACUGGACAGAUAUGGCUUGAUGAAGUGACCUGUUCAGGAAAUGAAAGCUUUCUCAGUGAUUGUCAACGCAGUGGAUUUGGAGUACAUGAUUGUGACCAUUCUAAAGACGCUAGUGUCAUCUGUUCAGCUCCGUGGGCAGAUGUCAUCUCACAAGGUGUGACGCCCAGUGAGAAAGUAGCAAGUUGGAGGAAGUUCUUGGUGAAAGUGAAUCUGGCUGCUGUCGACUCCUCCGUGGACAUGAAAGACCCGGCUGUGAUGGAGUCUGUCAUUAAUUCGGUCAAAAAUGAGCUGGUAGGUACGAGUGGCGACCUAAAAGUGAGCUGGUGGAAACUUCCAGAAAAGAAAGACAUCAAAAAACAAGAGACGUGUACUCCAUAGUUCACACUGUUUGUUUCAAUAGCUGGAUAAAGGCGGCUUACAGCCUGUAAAAGUGAUGUGAUUCAUUUAAUCUUUACUUUUCACAUGAUAUCUGUG